UCCCUCCCCACGGCCCCGUGUCAUAAUCGUAAUCCCUCCCCAGCUUCCGACCCUCUGGAGCCUCUCGUCACGCCUCCCCACCCACCAGCGAGGACGGACAGGCCACUGCUUGGUUCGCGCGUCGUUUUGUUUUGUUGGUUUGUGCGCCUGUCAUUGUCAUCAUUCGAGGUGCGAGUCCGGAACCUUGUCAGGCUUGGUCUCAACUCCGACCUCGACAUCCAUCCGAUUCGAUCCUGCGCCCAAUCUGACCUUGCCCCGGCCUGAUCAGAUCCACAGCCUGUUGUUGACUUUUGGCUUUCGAGGCACGGCCACUUCUGGUUCAUGCGGCUGCAAAAUCACAGACGAGACACGGCUCAGCCAAGGCACAAACCGGCAGCCACUCGAUGACCCUCGACAUGCCUUCUUGUCCCACCCUUCUGUCACUCCUUUGAACAAGCCAUCGUCUCUUUGAUUUCAUUGCGUUCUCUGGUUCUUUCUGAUUGUGAUCUUCCCCUGAUUGGCCCUUAUUUCGCAAAAUUUCAGUGGACCCAGCUGCAGCGCAACGCCUGCGCCGACCCUGGCUCUGGCUGGGCUUCCGCUGCUGGAGAAACGUCCAAGCUCCCCUUGGCUCCCUGGCCUCCCCUGCCCCAGUCGUCCCCGUCUUUCUGGUUACGCGACGCGAUCAGGUCCAACCCCGGCCGCCCUUUACAAAUUCUCCACUCGCCGCCCUUGUGUCUACUGAAAAGGGGGGACCUCUUCGCUUCGGGCAAACAAAGACCUUUGGGCAUCGCCGACGACGCGAUAGGUAUUGAGAUUUAGCUGCAGACGACACGGCCCUCGUCUGCGCUGAUCUCCAGUGGUCCACGCAAAGACGUCUUCGCAAGAUCCGUCUCCACCACCUCCUCCUCGUGCUGCUGCACAGGACGGUCUGCGGCGCCCUCGGUCAUCCAGCCAAUCCCCUCCGAGGUCCCCAGCCCUUUCGACCGCGUCAACCGCUGACGGCGAGGAGUUGUCUCCAUCCGUUGCUAAUUUACAAGCUCCACGACUCCCAAACAGGGCCCUGGAGCUGUUGAGGACCCCGCCGGCGCGCCAAGUCCCGCGAGAAGACAAUCAGUACGUGACCGCAAGCUGGGGCAGCCCGUACCCAAGGUCCGAAGAAGCCAAUCUUCGCGGGCAAAGUCCUGGCAGCGAGCCAUCAGAAGACUCCCCAAUACAUCGUCUCGAGCUCGACACCCCGUUUCUGCGUCCGGCCCCACCCUUGAUUGUUUCGCCGACCGAGCAGCAGUCCUCUUCUCUUGCCGCGAUCCUGGUCAACCGGGCCAGACGCCCAGGUCCUGCACGUGGCCUGACAGAAGACUGGAUCCGUCAACACACAGCCGCCCACGAGAACACCGAACCUCGCCAUUGGCUUAGUGACGGCACAGACAGUGAGCACUCUUCAUUGAGCGGCUCACACUCCGGCGACGAAGCAGCGUGGUUGGAAGGGAGGAGCUCGGCCACGCCGCGGGCCAACCCCAGCGGACGCCCUACGUCGUCUCGCUUGUCCUCCGGACAACAUCCAAGAGCGCGAUCAAGCACCGAGACCCUGAAACAGGGUACUGCUGGUCGGCUGUCGAGGCCGGACACCGCAACCAUGGCGAACGUCGUCCCAGAGGUCGUGCUGCCGCAGGGUGACGCUGAAGGUCCGCCAGCGGCAAGCUUGGUGGAGCAGCGCCCUUCCACGCCGAAUGGCACAGUCGAAUCAGUGGAUGUGGGAAAUACAGGGACGAAGGCCCCAGUCACCCCAACGAGACCGCCAGAAGUGAAAAAGGCCCCCGGGUGGACGCCUCGGCUGAAGAAGAAGGUGCCAUGGAGGGGCAAGAACAUUAUGGUUUUGCUCCCGCGGGAUGAAGAGCGCGGCCAGCGAGGCAAGGCCCCCAUUCCGCUCAAACCGCAUGAGGUCACGAACAUGUUCCGGGAGUGGGAAGAGCUCGGGUAUGAUAUUCGUGGUUUCGAUUUGAACGUCCCGCAAGGGUACUCAGCCCUCCCGGUCGAGCAUCAUUCUAGGAGUAGGGACGAGUGGCCCGAUGUCGUGGAGAUCAAGAGGGAGCUGGCCAAUCGCAGAUUCAAAGUUACUCUGCCAGAUCUCGAAGCUUGGAAGCAAUACAUGAAUGAAUUGACCGAAGCCAAGCUCAGGGCUCUCGGCGUGUCACUCGGUGAUGAAGACCCUCCGCCACCGCCGCCAUCCAUCUCCCCCAAUCCAGCUGGCCUCAACAGACGUGCUACGAUCACUCAAUAUCCGCCUCUGCCGUUCUCGCCUCCCAUCACCACGCCGUCGGCAUCAAGUGCUCAGGGGAUGCAACAGUUCCCGUUCUCUGCACAGAACCCUGUGGGCGGCGUCAAUGCAGUUGCUUCGCCUGUCCCCUUCAAUGGCAAUUUCAACCCGCACCAGUCCCGACAGUCCGUCUCGAUCCCGACGAGCCAGUCCCCAUUCGGGUUCAUGCCACCGCAGCAGCAGCCUUCGCCUCGGGAUGUCAUGUUUCAACAGCAAGGGAUGCACCGUGUGUCGCCUUCCCUGUCAACCUCGCCCUUCUCCCCUGGAGGUUUCCAGCCUCCGCUGAUGCACCAACGGCACCAGUCACUUCAAUUCCCCCAACUGCCCCAUCAGCACUUUAUGCAGUCUGCUCGAGCCUCUCCUCGUUUGCAAGAACUACGUGAGGCCGAUGAGGAAGAAGAGACGAAGAGUGCAUCGAGGACACCCGAGCCAGCACCACAGAUCCGCCAUAAUGCUAGUGACAGCCUGCAGAAGGAGAUUGACGAGGCGGAGUACCAUUUGGAGGAACAAUUCCGCUCACAACUUGAGCAUGACGAGGACUACAGCCCGCACAACGAGGACGAAAAGAUCCACGCUGCUAAGUCAAGCCGUGAGUCCCCAGUGCAGUUCGCGCAACAGGCGCCGCGCUUUGAAGGCGCUGUCGACAAGGACCUUGUCCUCCAUCAUCCUCGACCUCAUAGUAGAGGUCACUCGCUGUCGCAGAAAUACUUCGGUGAAGAUGACAUAAGAGCUGGCACGGAUAAAGGUGGUUUUAGCAGCUUGAAGCCUAUCCAAGACGAUGACAAGGCUGACCAUGACGACGUCGACACCAACCCCAGCAACCUUGGCACACCCGUGCUGCCCAACUUUGGGGAUGCGUCCCAUGAGAGGAACUUUUCUACGACAAGCAAUCCGUGGAAGGAUGUGCAAUCAACCUCAAGACGUCCAAGUCACAGCAGCAAGCCGUCCUUCUCGAAGCUCAAUGUUGCAGCGCCUGAGUUCAAAUUCAAUCCGACGAGCUCCUUUCAGCCCGGGCAGUUUAACUUUGGAAGCAAUACAUUCCAACCGGCUGUUUUCCAAGGAGCUUCCUCUAACGCUCCGGACUCGGAUCAAUCUAAUCAGUUCAGUCCUCCGGCAGGCCCUUCGCGCAAGAUCAACGUCAAUGCUCCGGUAUUUUCUCCAGGCUCCAGCGAGUUCAGCUUUUCUGCUGCCGGCGCGCCAACUUUCCGACCGAAUGCCCCUGCCUUCACACCUGCUUCGGUGGCUGGCUCGGUGACAUCCCCCGUCCUGUCCGGCAGCGAAAGCGGAAGAAUGACGUCCUCGAUCUUCGGCAGCAUUGAUUUGAGCAUGCCCGAGAUUAUGAAGCCUCCAAAGAAAUCCAAGGCUAUUCCUAUCGUUCGGCCAGCUAGUCGCACGUCGAACAAGGAUGAAUCAGGCCCGGCCGAAGAUGAAAACGGUCGCAUCAUUGAUGAGACACGAGUCAAGAGGCUCAGAGGGGCGAGUGCUGAGGACGAGGACUCUCGUCUGCUUGCUGAGCCAAGCCCCUCGGCGCACGCAGAAUCCAAGGGGGUGGAAGAGGAACGCCCAGCCCGUGACUCCGGGAUUUCCUCAACCAUCCUCUCUGAUUCAACGGACGCCAAGGACAACACGAGCGUGUCUGAGGUCUCUGCUGAACACGACGUCAAUGCCUGGGCCCCGUUCGAGUUCAGGUCAGAAGCCGAGGUGUCAGCCUUCAACACAGCUCGGCCGUUCGGGGACGAUGGUUUCAUGGCCCAUGGCCACCAGAAAUCACUUUCAGCGUCUGCGAAGCCAUUCAUUCCCGGUUCAACUUUCAUGACUGACGAUGACUUUAAUGACAAAGAGGACACUCCGGUCCCGGGCCAGUUCGAACCGUCCGAUAGGCGAUCUGAUGCGGAAGCCGAUGGUAGUACCGCGGAGGAAGACCAGAGUGCCGAGGAUUUGCCGCAGCAGUCUAUUGAGAGGGAACCUUCACCUAUUGCCAGCGCUGCGGAAGAUGAGCAUCCCAAUGUCCAGACGUUCGUGGCGCCGUCUCCUCCUGUAAAGAAGGGUCUGGCCGCGAGCAGAUUCGCCGCUAGUCCCUCGCCACGGAAAGAUCAAGGCGCCUCGAAGUACGCCCAGUCACCGUCACCUGUGUCUGAUGCUGAGGUUUCGCACAGCCCACUGGCAAGCGAUGCGCGAAGGUAUUCGGCGUCUCCUGUCACUGCUGAAGAUCUGGACGACACCCAGGAGGACACCCAAGAUACAAUGCCCCAAUCCGCGAGCCCACAUACGGACCAAGGUGAAAGGCACGGCGAGGCUAUAGAGCCCACAUUUGAGGAGAUCGACGCUGUCAUGCAACAUAUCAACGAAAAUGAUCCUGAUUUGGGUGUCAAAAAGACUGUGGACUCACCGAGAUGGCACCAGCCAAGCCCGACACGGCCCAUACCUGUCGCUGCUAUCACAAACGAGUCUCCCCAGCGCAGCCAUGCCCAAUUUCUUCGGGGUGAAGCCCCAAGCCCAAGCCCAAGGCACUAUCACUUACCGCUCGGAGUACACCCACCUUUGCAUACAACUGAAACGCUGGAGAAUCCGUUUGUUGAUCCUCCUGUGAGUCUUCAACUCUCCCGGCUCAACACUAGCGAGAGCCAAGCUGCUAGUGACGAUUGGGAACGGGCAUUCAGCGAUGAGGAGCAGGUGAAGCUCGAUUCCCGUGCCAAUUUCUUCGAUGGGAAGGUCAAUGAGCUGGUUGGCGCUGCCUUGCAGUCUCGACUGGAUCCUCUUGAAAGAACCUUGGAGGGCAUACAACAGGCUCUCGCGUCGCUGUCUGGUCUUCCGGCGUCGAGUCGCCGCGAACGACGCAGCGUCUCUGCGGAGUUCCAGGAGAGCGAUGCAGACGACGAGGACGACGAACCCGUUCCACGGCGGUCAAUGAGCCCCCGACGAGACAAGCGGAUGGAGCAGAUCAGGGUUGCUGUACUGGAUGCGUUUGCUGUCCAGCAACGCAGUGCUCCACCAUUGCCUCCCCUGCCCGGUAUGGCACAAGAUGGUGCAUCCGCGGAGAGCGUGGUCUCUAUCCUGAAGGCGAUGGAAGAGAUGAAGCAGCAAUUCAGCGAAUCCCUGCAUCUUGACUUCCGGGCCGAGGACCUUCGAAAUGUCGUUGAGGAGGCGGUCGAGUCCCGUCUGCCCGCCACCUCUCCCCAGUCAGUCAUUGUAGAAGGGCAGGAUGAGUUGAGCGAAAAGUUCAACGAACUGCAGGCUCGUUAUGCGGAGUUGGAGCAGCGCCAUCGGCUGGAAGAAGCCAAGGCUUCAGCAGAAGCAGCUCGCGCAGCCGAACUCGAAAGACAGCUGUGGAAGGCCGAGACCAAGGUCGAGGCCGAGAUAUUGAACCGCAGUGCCAGCGAUCAGCGAUUCUUGGAGCUCGAGUCAAGGCUCAGCAACCAGGAGGCCAUAAACGAGGCUGAAGUCCAACUUCGACGGGCUGCAGAAGACAGGUUGUCCGAAGUCCAGCGCCUCCUGCGUAUUUCUUCAGAGGAAGAGGUGCGACUAAGGGAUGCAGUGGAAGAAAAGGAUGAGAGGCUCAAGAUUCUUGAUGCGACUCACAGCAAGAACACUAUGCGUGUGGCCUUGCUCGAAGCUGCGGCCGACAACUAUCACAAGGAGAGGCUGGAAUUCGAGAACCGUGUCCAUGUUGCUGAGGUAGACGUUGAGGAUCUGCGCCAAGAAUCAGCUCGAUGGAGGACGGAAGCAGACCGUGCCACGCAGCUGUCACAGCGCCAGAGUGACGACCUGUACCACGCGAUGGAAGAGAACAAGCAAUUGCAUCGGCUGAUCGACACCCUGGGUACUCAACUGAACGAAAAUGAGCGGCUUCGUGAUGACUGGAGGUCCAAGUUCCUGUCGCUGCAGCAGGACAUGGAAGAUUCCAUGCGCCACAUUACUGAGGAAAACGCUCGCCGGGCCAAGAAAGAGCAGACGAUGCUCGCCAGACAAGAAGUUCUGGAUGCGAAGCUUCAAGCGGAAUCCAAGACCCGCGAGCGUCUGGAAACUGAACUCGAGAGACUUGAGGCCGGUGAGCGUCAAGGCAUGAAGGCUGUUAAUGAGGCCAAGAGAUUAGACGCCUUGCUAGGAGAGAUGCGGACUGAGAACCAUAAGCUCCAGCAAAGCGCUAUGCGCUACCAGGCGGAAUUCCAGGAAGCUCGAGAGUCCGGAGCACGGGAGAUCCAGCGCACUCGCGAAUCGAUGCAAGCCCAGGUCGAGGAUGCGAACAACCAAGUCAACGUUGUCCGGGAGGAACUCGAGGAUGAGAUUUCCCGUUUGCGUGCGCAGCUCGAUCAAGCCAAACUGGACACUGAUACUGUCCGAUCACGGUACGACAUGCUCAUGGAAGAUGCCAACCACAACAGGAAGGGCGAUGUCGACGAGGUCCAGCGCAAGCACCAGGAUGAGAUUGAGGAUAUGCAAGCCCGAUUCGAGCGACAGAUCAACAACACUGUUGAGGACGCCCAGCGCGCAGAGUCCAACCUCCUCGAACGCCUCAGCAUUUCAACAUCCAAGUGCGAGCAUCUGCAGGAUCGCGUCACUCAUCUAGAGGAGAAGCUCGAGAUUGCCAGGGAAGCGGCACGUGCUGCGGCCCAAGCUGCCAAGGCAUCUGGUGUGGUCUUGCCGCCUGCUUCAGCUGCUCCCGUGUCCGCCCCUCAGCAGCGCACUGCGGCCUCGCAGCCACAGGUGCAGUCGCAGACAGCAGCCGUUGCCACAGCGAUGCAACUGCCGGAGAAGAUCUCUCCCCAAGCCCUCCGAGAGUCGAUUAUGGUUCUGCAAGAGCAAGUGCAAGAGCGGGAGCUUAGGAUCGAAGAGCUGGAGCAGACUGUGGCGAAGCUAGAUCCCGAAUCGGAGACCAAGAUCGCGAAGCGGGAUGACGAAAUUGUGUGGCUGAGGGAGCUUCUCGCUGUAAGGCAUUCAGAUCUCCAGGACAUUAUUACCGCACUCGGCCGGGACGACUACGACCAAGAUCGCGUUCGGGACGCAGCUAUCCGCCUCAAGGCCAAUCUGCAGAUGGAACAGCAGGAGCGCGAGAGGGCCAUGAACGGCGGGUCGGCUAUCAAGAUGCCCAGCAUUGCGGCCAGCCUCCGCGAUGCCGCGACACCUCGAGUCGCUCAAGCUGUCGGCCCGUUGGCUGCUGCGUGGGGCAAUUGGCGUAAGGGCGGCACCCUGUCCAACGUUGCGCCAUCGACGUCGACGGCCGCGAACCAUGCGACGCCUAGAAGAGAUAGCCCUGGCUCACAGAGCAGCUUCCUCUCUGGUCUUCUAACCCCGCCGGCUUCUGGUGUCCGACAGACGUCGCCAUCCGGCCAACCAACUGCCUUCUCCAACACCGGCCGUCGCUUUACAGCCCAGGAUCUUGCCAAUCGGCCCAAGGCACCGCCCCAGCGACAGGGCCAGAAGGUGCCAGCACGAGGAGGUAGUCCAGCGCCAAAGCAACAAAACUUCGCCAGCGGCCCACAGACACCGCCGAUGAUGCGGCCUGCGGCUUAUGACGAUGAUGCUAUGGCAGCUGAUGACUUUGAUGAUGCUGGGUUCUUUGAUGACGAGUGAGCUUGGCCACAGAUUGAGGCCAGAACCAUCCCUUUGAUUUCCUUUGUUAUAUGAAGAAAAGAUGGACCCACCUGAGGCGACGACGUACAAACGACUGGGAUUGUGGCUUUUUAAUUCUCUGGCUUUUCUGCACACGUCCUUUACUACACAACAUAAAGAGCUGCACUCCUAGAAUGAAUGAUACCCCCUUGAUAGCAAGAUUUCCGCCAAGCUUGUUUUACCGUCCAUGCCCACCCAGUCUCCUUGACGCAACGCAGUCAGCACAGAUAGGGAAUCAGAAGGCAGAUGGACCGGUUCUUAAUUCUACAAUUUUGCGAAUUUUGCGAAAUACUUCCCUUUUAGUCGGUCGCUUCCAGCUAUACUAUUGUUACCAUUACUUGCUGACGUGUAACAUGUGUGUGUGAACGGUGGCGGGUGUCGAUGAGUUGAGGAGUUGAAGGCGGAGGGAGAGAACCAAUGUCAGGCUCUAUUUAUCUACUGAGGUGUGGCUGAGGGCAACCAUGUAAUGGACGCUCUCAUCUGAGAUGAGGUGAUCUGGCUCGUGCUAUGUGCUCGCACGCUUUUAAAAUUUGUCUAAUCGGCUGACACGCAUUCUUCACACCUCGCUUAAUUGCAAAUAAAUGCUGGCGGGAUGGGCUGUUUGCUUUCGCCACAUACCGUCUACAAUCCCCUCCCUACUUGUGUUUUGUAACUGGCAGGGAAUCGAGGUAGUGUGACCGCGCGAGAGAGACGCUCUGUAGCAUACGGGAGGGUCUACCACAGAGAUGAUGCUACAGAGAAACAUGCAAUGGGUAUCGAAUUACAGUUACAGGGCAAUUGACCGGUGGGAAAGAUGCCUCAUUGGCUGCCUACAGGCGAGUAUCAUUGUUCGGAAGCGGUCCGGAUAGCUAGGUCCUCGGUCUGCGACGUGACGGCGCCGUCUGCAGGAGCGGUGGGGGCGGCGGCCCCCUGCUUGGGCUUGUCUUUGCCGCCGGGGAACAUGGUGCCGCGGUCCUUUUUCUUCUUAUCCUUGACCUGCUUCACCUCUGGCGGGUAGGCCCUCUCGACGAGCUCCUUGAAGUCCGGGCUGUUGGCGAACUCGUCGCGGAUGGGGGCCAUGAGGGCGUUGAGGGCCUUGGAGACGGCGGGCUUGAGGAUCUGGGGGGUGAGCACAUCGUUGCGGUAGUCCUCGUGCAUGGCGGCGAUGUCGGUGUAGACGAGCUCGGGCAGCUCGUCCCUGGUGCGGUCGACGACGAAGCCGCGCUCGCCCUUGAGCUUGGCGGCGGGGAGCAGGACGUACUCGACGAAGGCCAGGACGCCGUUGCCCUCGGGGACCUUUGGCACGCACUCGGCCUUCUUGAUCUUCUUAGUAACGGUGGCCUCGUCGUCCAGCAGGUCGAUCUUGGAGUUGGGGUCGCUGGCCGACAUCUUGCCGCCCUGCAAGCCGGGCACCAUGGGGUUCAUGAUGUGGGCGCGCUGCCUGUACCCCAGCUUGGGCAGCCACUCCUUUGCGGCGGUGAACAGCUUCCGCUGGUCGACGCCGCCGAACUGCACGUCCACGUCCAGGUACUGCUCGUCCAGGACCUGCAGGAUGGGGUACAGGAGCCCGGACAGGGGGGCGUUGGCGGUCUGCUUGACGACCUCGGCGCCGGCCUUCUUGGCGUCGUGCUCCGACACGACGGAGCACAGCUUGUAGACGUCCAUGACGUAGUCGGGGGUCUUUUGGUAGGAGCUGCCGAAGACGAACUUGAGCCUCUUGAUGUCCUCUUCGCCGCAGGUCGCGCGGAGCAUUGCGGUGAUGACGCGCUGGUAGUAGAGGGCCCUCUGCUGGACGAGUUCUAUGGGCGCCUUCAGGUUGUCCUGUGCGACCAGGGUGGUCAGUCAGUCAGUUGCAUGUUGCGAGCAGCGGCGGUGGCGGGGAGCAGGAGGACGGGCCGGUGUGCCGCGUACGAGGAAGCCGUGGAUGUCGGCG